AUGGGUACCUUUAAAGUCGUGGAUUUGCUGGGCGAUGGGGACCCGUUUCAACAAGGCCUCUUUCAUCCAGAUGCCAUUCUUCACAAUGGAAGAGAUGGUCAAUUAUCGCAUGCGAUUCCGGCGUCCUUUAUGAUUCUAUUGAAGCACUUUCGCGAUUUCCGGCAGGAUUCUGCGACCGCAUGGAGCCUUGUAUUGAAGGAAACCCUUGAAUAUUAUCUGAAUAGAACUCAUCAAAAACUUAAGCAUGCAUUGCAAAACAUGGAUUCAGCCAACCUAGCCUAUAUCCGUGACCUCACGGCAAUUAAAGAUGAAUCUUGGGAAAUGAAUUUACUCAAGCUCAGCGAGAUUGACAAUUAUUUACUCAACAUCGGUAUUCUCGUGUCCUUGGCCAGAAAUAAAGGAACUGCCGUUACGAACAGAGUUUCUUUCUCGAGCAAUGUCAUUUUUCGUGUUGUCUUCGAGAUGGUCUGGCCGCAACCAAGGAAAUCUUUACCAAUACCAAUGCAAGCUGUGACAGACCCUCUCCUCCUAUUAAUAUACAUUACGAAAUAUCACCCCGGCCACGAUCGUAAAUCCACAUGUAAAAAACUUACAUGGCCCGUCGGAAAAAGCCUUCCAAGCGGCGAUUUUCUCUGUCUUGAAUGUGCUGUUGCCAGCCUCAAUGACGUGCUUGUUCGAAGUAAAAAUCCGGUCUCAUGA